UGCUCCUCUCACCAGUCUUUACUCAUGUUGCGCUCUUUCGGAUUUAUUCAGCUCUCCACACGGACAUCAUGCAGCUGAAGUCAGAAGUUUUUUGAGACUUUCUUCACAGGUUUUGGUCCAAAUAUAAAUGACAUGUGGGAGUUCUCGAGGACUCGUUACGCGGAUUGUAACGGCUCAGAGGCGAGCGAGGAGACGGAGAUUGCUGUAAACAUUGGUGGUGUCAAGCACAUUCUCUACGGGGACGUCCUGAACCGAUAUCCUGAGACGCGUUUGGCAGAGCUGGUGAACCGCUCCACGAAUUCCACACAAGAAGAUCUCUCUGUGCUCUGUGAUGACUACGACGACUUAAAGCGAGAGUUUUAUUUCGAUAGAGACCCAGAGGCUUUUAAAUGCAUCCUAGAGCUGUACUACUACGGAGAGAUUCACAUGAAGCGAGGAAUCUGUCCCAUGUGCUUCAUGAGAGAGAUGGACUAUUGGGGGAUCGACACGGAGUAUCUGGAUGAAUGCUGCAGAAGUAAUUUAAAUGAGGUGGAGACUGAGCUGGCGGAAAUAGCAGAGAAGGUCAAGACCAUCCUGGACGACCUGGAGGGGGAUGCAACGAUGACUAGAGGCCAGAGGUGUCAAGCGUUCCUGUGGAAACUCAUGGAGAAACCAGAGUCAUCAUUAGCCGCGCGCGUAAUCGCAGUUGUGUCGUUCGCGUUCAUCCUGCUCUCCUCUGUGGUCAUGUGUGUGAGCACCAUCCCAGAGCUCCAAGUGCAAGAUGCCGAGGGUAACCUGGUGGAACAUCCGACCCUUGACUCUAUUGAGACGGCUUGCAUCAUCUGGUUCACCGUGGAAUAUAUUUUGCGCUUCGUUUCCUCUUCUAACAAAUUGCACUUUGUGUUUUCCUUCAUGAAUUUAAUAGACUUUCUAGCUAUCAUGCCGUUUUACGUAGUGUUGAUUCUUACGCAUUUGGGCACUGCUAUGAUGGAGCUCGCCAACGUCCAGCAGGCAGUGCAGGCGUUGCGCAUCAUGCGCAUUGCGCGCAUCUUCAAACUUGCGCGCCAUUCAUCAGGUCUGCAAACUCUCACCUUCGCGCUCAAAAGCAGCUUGAAAGAGCUGGGUCUGCUGCUUAUGUACAUGAGCGUGGGGAUUUUCCUGUUCUCGGCGCUGGCAUACACAAUGGAGCAGAGCCACCCGGAUACCAUGUUCACCAGCAUCCCACAGUCCUUUUGGUGGGCCAUCAUUACAAUGACUACUGUGGGGUAUGGAGACAUCUACCCUAAAACCACGCUGGGCAGGUGUAACGCUGCUGUCAGUUUUCUGUGUGGCGUAAUAGCUAUUGCGUUGCCAAUCCACCCGAUUAUUAACAACUUUAUCAUUGUUUACAGUAAGCAGCGUGUACUUGAAACAGCUGCCAAGCAUGAGAUCGAACUCAUGGCGUUACGCGCGAAGGAGGAAGCGCAGGAGUGUCAGGAGGCUGGAAAAAUGGCUUCGACUGGCAACAGUUCGGUGUGGGACAGUGCUGCUGUGAGCGCGUCACAGAGUGACACAUGUAUCCCGUUACUUGGUGAAAAAGGCCAACCUGCCCACAAACACAAGAACAAGUCAAUCAAUAUGAACAGUUCGCUGUGAUUACAGCCUGAAAACGGGCUAAAUUCGAUCAGUAUCAUGUAGUCUAUCUAUCUAUCUAUACACUCCAACUCUGUUCAGAAAAGAAUAAAAUAAAUGAUUAGUUACUAAGGGUAAAUACAAAUUUAUUUAUUUAUUAAAGAACAUUAAAAAUAAAACAAUGCAGAAGUAAAUUAAAAGGGACAUGUAAAUAUAAUGUAUAUUUCAAACUUAAACGUUUAAUUUCAAUCUUAUACACAUCAAAUGCUUAAAGACUCAUGGUCUCUGAAGAUAUCUUACAGUAAUGAGAAUAUCUGACUGAUCUCUUAACUGAACAAACCUGACGGAAGAAAAAUGACUAUGUCUUUAUUAUGCAAUUAGUGUACUCUGAAGCAUAAUACAAGAAUCACAACCUAAUUUGUAUACAUUUUUGUAACAUCAUUAACAUAAUAUAUGUUUUAAUGAUCUUCAAAAUAAAAUGAUUAGGAGGUUGUACUGAUUUCCGUAGAUAUUUGGCAUUAAACAACAUCAACUGAUUGUUUAUAUUAUUAUUAUUAUUAAGGGUCAAGCCCUGUGGUCAAGAGAUAUAAUGAAAUUUAUAAAAAUGCUUAUAACAUGGAAAAUUCAACAUAUUCCCCCGGUUUCACAGACAAGGCUUAAGCUAGUCUCAGACUAAAAUGUAUGUUUAAACUGUUUUAACUGAAAGUAACUUGCACUGACAUAUCUUAAAAUAUGUCAGUGCCAUUGUUUUGUCUCAAGAUGCACACUAAUAAUGUUUCUUUUUAGGGUACAUUUAUAAAAGCUAGUUAAAUGUCUCAAUUGAACUAAGGCCUAAUCCUGGCUUAGUCUAAGUCCUGUCUGUGAAACCGGGCCAUUGUCAUUUAACUUAAAUCAUUAGAUUUGUUGGCGUAUGCCCAGUCACCAAAUUAGCCACAUUCUACCAUAUUGAAUCUUAUUUAAAACCUACUUUUUUCAAACUCCUACGAAAUUUGGUAUGUAGCAUCUACAGACACUCAUGACAAAAAGAUUUUAAAAGAUUUUUGAUAGACCCAACCAUUGUUUUAUACUGCGUCAACAAAUUUGACAGCUAGCACACCCAAAUUGAAUAUGUGGCUGUAUCUUUGCAAAAGUUUUGUGUAUUGACACGAAACUUGGUACAUGUCAUCACAGGCAUGACUUGAGGGUGCAUGCAGAGUUUCGUCAUAGCGCCACCUACUGCUCAGAAGUUAUAAACCAUGUUAUAAGUGCUUUAACUGAUGUAAUUUUAAGCUUUAUCCUAACCUCAUGAUCACAGAUGUCCACAAAUAUUUCCUUUUCUGCCCUUAUUUGGCUUGACCCUGUAAUUGUUGCUUGCAGCUAUAUUUAUUACUAUUAUUAUUUAGCUUGAGCAAUUGCAAUAGUUCAAAAUGAAAGCAAAACCAGAAAACAAUAUAUGUGUACUGCGUAAUAUACUGUGGUGACUGAAUGUGCAUGCUACAAUAUGUUAGUUGAUGUCUAAAUCCUUGUAGCUAUUAAAAUUUGGUGCUUGAUACAUCAAAUUAUUUGAAUAGUUCACUCUAAUCCUGUCCUGUACAGGUAGACACCUAUGAACUUACCUGUACGUUUUCUCUCCCUUUUUAAUCUAACCUGCCUAUUAAACAAUAGUGUGAACCACCA